AUGGCUUCUGACCCCAUCAGUUUCGUCAACCUCCAGGAUUCCCUUGAAUCUCACAAGUCUACAGACUUUGAUGAGGAAGAUGGCACUCCGAUUGACACUGCAACAGAAGAGGAAGCCAACACAGCAAUCGCCUCUUUCAUUGAAAGCAAUUCCAGAAUUGUUGUAUCUCCUUCUUAUAAGCGAAUUGCAUGCCCUGUUGUGAUCCCUCAACGACGGCCCGGAAACAAAGAGCGAGGAUUCAUGAAGGCGUAUGCUCCAAUGUUAUCCCAAUAUGACAUCAGCCAAGAACACUUCUAUGAUUUUAUCAACGCUCUGAAUAAAGCAGUCCAAGCCUCUAAAGUGAUUGCUGCCGUGCAAGUUGCAGCAUUCGGGGCUUCGUUCGUGCCGAAUCAAAUCUCCCUGGGCGUGACAGCGGCGGUGCAGAUAGUAUCCGCAGUCGCAGCAAAGGCACAAAUAAGAUGGAAAGUAAACACGUUUUUAGAUAAAGCGAAUCGAGAACUAUUCGGUCCUCGAGGACUCCACUGUAUGAUUGUUGCAUACAACCCUCUCCCACAGCAGCAGCAAGAAGAUAUCAAUACUUCGAUGGUCAAAUCAUCUGCUAGCGCGAACCCCGGCCCAUCUCAGAGCAAAUGGCCAAAUAAAGUCAAACAAAACUUGCGCAAUCCCUUCUCCGCUACUACAGAAGGAGAGCAAAAUUUACCAUCAGAAAUCGCGCCUCUGACAUUUUUUGACGAUGAGGCCGAGAGCGAUAAAAUUGGAAAGAAAGAGAAACCUUGGGACAAGCUGAAUAAUUACUUUGAUAAACGCGCCCGGGCAAGAUAUGUAACUCCCGAAUCUAAAUUCAAAAAUCGAUUCCUUGACCCUAAUCAUCCGGCCAGUAAUGGGGGUCUUCUUGGCUUGGUAUCAGGCGGGAACCUUACAAUAGACCCAAAAAAGGCAAUGGAAGACACGAAAAGUUUAUAUCAACAGCAGGAAAAACUUAUUGAUGAGCAACAAAACAGUCUGUUGGAGAUGUGCCGCAGUCAGUUCCAAGCCAUGGGCCUCUCUGAACAACAGCUCUGCGAGUAUGUUGCAGCUUAUGAGCAGCAAUUCCAGCUACAACGAGACCAGCUACAAGCUCAAAUAAAAGCAACGGAAAUUAUGCCUAGAAAAAUCUUGAGGAAUGUUCUUUAUCUCAUGGUUGUUAACCUGCCAACUGAGGAAGAAGUUGAGGUAGCCAGGAUGGCGACGAAUACGGAUGAGGAAGAUGAUGGCAGGCAAAGAAGCUUAGUGACCAUGAUCAAUGUACGAUAG